CUCUUUUUUUUUUUUUUUUAUUAUUAUAUCAUCAUGUUUAGCCGUACACAACAACAAUGGACUAGGUUGGUUCAACCAGUAUUACGACAAGAGUUCCAUGGAUCGGCCACAGCAUUUGCAAAGAAACAUCCCAAACAAAUCAAAAAGGAAAAUCUAGCAAAACGAGCACAACGAUUGGCUGAAUUCGAACGUACCAAGCCAUCACCCAUUGUAUCUCGAAAUGCACCUUUCUUCAGUACUCUUCAAACCCCUGCCAGUGCUUAUAGCAGCAGUGAAUCAUCGGAACAACACUAUCAACACUUUUUGAAUGCUGAAGAUCAACGCAUCUUAUUUGAACAGACUCCCAAGGAAAUCGUGGAAAAGAAUCAUUUGGCUGCUAUAGGUGGUGUAGAAGACGCUUUGGCUCAAGAACAACAUAAGAUUGAUACUCUACGAAAAAUGGUCAGUUUACAAAACGGAAAUGCCAAGGCUGUUCAAUUAUGGAAUGUGCACCAAGCCAUCGAUUGGUUCAAACGAAAAGAAGGUGAUACUGGCAGUCCUGAAGUACAAGCUGCCAUUUUGACUGUACGUAUUCACAACCUCAACUCUCAUCUUCAACAACACAAAAAAGAUAAACACAACUACCGACAAUUACGUUUAAUGGUGCAUCAACGAGCAAAACUAUUGAAAUAUCUCAAGUCAAAGGAUGCCACUCGAUAUCAUGCUUGUUUGGAUGGAUUAGGUCUAGAACCAAGAGCUGUGGAAGGGGAAAUCACAUUGUAAUUUAGUCAUUUUUUUUUUGUUUUUAUAGUGUUUUCAAAGUUUAGAGAUUUACUUUUAUGUCCUUUUUUUUUUAUUCAUCAAUCAAUAAAAUCAAUUCAAAUAUAUAUAUAUAU